AUGUUUCACCAGAUUUUUAUCCGUUGGCUCGACCGGUACUCACAAUGUUUCCUAUGGUCCCCUGACUCUUCCCACGAUCCCGAAAUAUUUGUGAUGGAUGUAGCUACGUUCGGCUCAACCAGCUCACCAGCGACUGCACAGUUUGUGAAGAACACAAACGCUCAGAGAUUCGCACAAGAAUUCACUAGAGCCGUCGAAGGAAUUCUGUAUAACCACUACGUGGAUGACUAUCUUGAUAGCUUCCCCGACGAAGAAGAAGCCAAACGAGUGGCAACAGCCGUUAGAGAAGUACACAGAAGAGGAGGUUUCGAGAUCCGCAACUGGUGCUCCAACAGUCCGGCAGUUCUGAAGCACCUAGGAGAAAAUGCGAAAAAGGUUGAGAAAAAUCUCAAUUUAGAGAAUGCUGGUACUCCCGAACGUGUGCUGGGUAUGCUGUGGAACAGUGAAGAGGAUGUGAUCCAUUUCGAGACGACCAUGCGAGAAAACAUCAGGAAAAUAAUCGAAAAUGACACAAUACCUACUAAGCGUCAAAUCCUACAAUGCGUGAUGACUCUUUUCGACCCGUUGGGACUUCUUACACCGUAUCUUAUAUUCGGUAGAAUUCUUAUCCAAGACGUGUGGCGUGCUGGAACGAAGUGGGACGAGUUAGUGGAUAAUAACAUUUUUCAACGCUGGCGGGAUUGGGUAAAAAUACUGUAUGACAUAAAUAAAGUUCGAAUUCCCCGCUGUUACUUUCGUCGUCCAGAUAGCUUCAGCUUUGAGAAUGUCCAGCUUCAUGUCUUUGUUGAUGCUAGUCCAACUGCCUAUUCCUGCGCAUGCUACUUCCAUAUAAUUAACGCUCAAGGAGAGGUUGAGGUAUCGUUGGUUGCUGCCAAGGCGAAGGUAGCCCCACUCAAACAUAUGAGUAUUCCUAGACUAGAACUUCAGGCCUGUGUCCUGGGCUCGCGCAUGAUGAAGCUGGUGGUGGAUGGUCACACUUUCUCUAUCUCCAAACGGUAUUUCUGGACAGAUUCGCAAACAGCUCACACUUGGAUCAACAAGGAUCCUCAUAUAUAUCGACCGUUCGUAGCCCAUCGGGUUGCAGAGAUUCUGGAAACCACGAAACGAGAAGAAUGGCGUUGGCUCCGAUCUGAACUGAACCCAGCAGACGAAGCAACGAAAUGGGGCGUUGGGCCUUACUUCAACAGUGAGAGUACUUGGUUUAGUGGUCCGAAAUUUCUCCGGUUUCCAGAGAGCCAAUGGCCUCAUUCAAUACCAGACGAUUCAGGGGAAGAAGAGCUACGUUCGUGCUAUACACAUCAAGAAAUACACGCAUCGGGUAUGAUCAUAGAUGUAAAGCGAUUCUCUUCGUGGAGUAGGCUCCAACGCACAAUGGCAUACGUGCACAGAUUUGUAACGAAUUCUCACAAGGCGGCUGACGUUCGAGAUGUUGGACAUCUUACACAGAGCGAAUUGCAAAAAGCAGAAAUAACAUUGUUCAAGAUGACACAAUGGGAAUCGUAUCCAGAAGAGAUGGCUAUGCUGACGGGAUCUGGGAACACAGUUGAAAGGACUAGUUCCAUUUAUCAAUUCACCCCUAAGGUCGAUAAGCAGGGAGUCCUACGAGUCGAUGGACGAAUUGGAGCAGCCAAGCGAACUGCCUAUGGUGUAAAAUUCCCAGUGAUACUUCCUCAAAAACAUCACGUAACAAAUUUGAUUUUGGAAGAUUUGCAUCGAAAGUUUAAACAUGGCUAUAAUGAGACAGUUGUGAACGAAGCUCGCCAACAGUUUUGCAUCCCACACUUGCGGCGAGUUGUACGAAAUAUAUCCAACCGCUGCCUGCUAUGUAGAAUGCGAAAAGCGUGUCCGGUUGUUCCACAAAUGGCUCCACUACCCGAAGCACGACUAUCACCUUUUGUUCGGCCCUUCACGUACGUUGGAGUGGAUUAUUUCGGACCAAUCUUAGUAAAAAGAGGACGAUGUCAUUAA